AUGCUCUCUCCGCGCCAUGCUCACGAUAUCCCGGAUAGUGGUCCCGGUGUUGAACACCACUGGGGAUACUAUAAUCGCCAACUCCCCUGUACCAGUGGUGCGGGAAAGUGUGCAUAUCUAGAUACGGUCUAUCACAGUCAUGAUUUGUCUAUACUCUACAGUGCCAUUCUCUGGGCGGUCAUUCUUGGAAUUGUAUUCCUUUGCUUCAUUGCCCAUUACUGCAAUCCUAUCACACGCAAGUCUACAUCUUCAUGCAUUCAGAAGGAGGGGGAACAUGAAAAUAGAUCACAGAGCUCUAUUUAUCGCAUGAGGAGAUCACUUGGCUCGAUAUACCACCGCUACUUUGUCCAGGAAUCUCUAACCUCUCUAUUCGGCCGCACCACUCGGUUUAAUAUCCUCGUCCUCGCCAUUCUAGCCGGCUAUCUCAUCAUCUUCAGCUUUGUCGGAAUCGUUUACAAAACAUGGUACAUCCCUGUCAAGGGAACCAACUUGCGAUCGACUCCCACGGGAAUUGGUCCGUGGGCUGAUCGCCUCGGAGUUCUCGCAUACGCCUUAACGCCCCUUGCUGUGCUUCUGUGUACCAGGGAAUCCCUCCUUUCCCUCUGUACGGGAAUACCUUAUCACCAUUUCAACUUUCUUCAUCGCUGGCUCGGCUGGAUUAUUUACAUUCAAUCUGCUCUUCACACCUUCGGCUGGACCCUCAUGGAGGGGAAGCUGUACCAGCCGCAACCCUCAACAUGGAACGCUUUUAUAGCUCAGGAGUACAUGAUCUGGGGCAUCGUAGCCAUGAUAUUCCUGUCAUUCCUGGUCUUCUUCAGUACCAAGUGGGCCAUCCGCCUCACGGGCCAUGCUAUACGUGGGUGCUUGCUGGGGACACUGGGAGCAGCUUUCAUGCUGGAUGAUCGCGUCAUUGGUCGUGUGGCUGCUCGACCGGGCCAUUCGGCUGUUGCGGACGUUUUCACACACUUCGGCCCGCACGCUUCAGAAACGUUCUCCUUCUGGGGUCUGCACAUCCCCAAAGCUCGCAUAGUCUCCUUUCCCAAUGAUGAAGACGGAGACGUCGUCCGUCUGGAUUUCGACCACGACCACAGCCCUUGGGAAAUCGGCCAGCAUUUCUACCUAUGCUUCCCCGGGCUUAGUAUCUGGCAAUCGCACCCCAUGACGCCGUCCUCUGUGCCUGGCGGCUCCAAGCAAUCCCACACGUACAUCAUCCGCGCGAAGAAGGGUUUAACCAAGGACUUGGCUCGUAUCUCCCGUCAGCCCCAGGGGUUAAACUGGGACGAACCACCAAGUACAUCCAUCGUUCUUUCCGGACCAUACGGGCAAUCCAUCGUCGACAACGACCUCCACUGCUCAGACGACAUCAACCUCUUCUGUGUUGCAGGCGGCACAGGUGUGACAUUCGUUCUCCCGAUCCUGCAAGCGAUAGUAUUAAAUCGAUUCUUCUCCACCCGAAGAAGCAUAGUCGAGCUUGUGUGGAUCGUCCGCCGCAAGUCAGACAUGCGGUGGCUCAGCGAAGAACUGGAAGUACUGCGUACCGCUGCACAAGCAUGCACCCAUUUCCGGAUCCGGGUGUAUGUUACGCGCGAAGACGACCGGGCCAAUAUUCGAAACUCCUUCACACCGGCAUAUAUCACCGAUUCCGAGAUCAAGAGACCGCUAUCUACUGUUUCUCACGACGCUCCUUUGUCGGAUAACCCGUUCUCGGUGCAUUGCUUGCGGCCCGGGAAUUCCGGCACCUCGGUACACCCUGAUGUGCCGGCAGACCUGACUGAUUUCGUGCAGCGCACUGUUCAGGGUCCAACGCGUGUCAUUGCUAGCGGGCCGACGGGGUUGAUCUCCUCGCUUCGCACAACUGUGGCGUCGCUCAAUGAUCCAGGUCGGGUGUGGAAGGGUAAUGAGAGAUACGAUGUGGAGUUGGUUCAUGAUGAUCGGUUGGAGUAUUGA